GCCAAUUGCUAUGAUCGUAAAGCUGAUUCUUUUCUUGCAUGAUAUUUCUUGAUUGAUUGAUUAAUUCAAGAAAGAAAUAUAUACUCAAUAAACUUAACUAAUACAAAACCUCGAUGGGGUCUGUGUUCUUAAAUAUUACGUUAUAUAUAUAUAUCCAACAAUCACCCUUUUGUUAGUUAUCAGAAAACCUGCGUACGUAGUAAAUGCAAGCAAAGAGUUCCAUUUUCACAACCCGUCUUCUCUUAAUCAUCUAGUUAGUUAAUUAUUCCCAAAUUUCUCUCUUCCUUCCAUACAAGUUUGCACACAGAAGCAAGCAGGAGAUUUGAAACCGUGGAAAUGGAAGUUGGUGAGAAUAAUGAUUGUCGUGAUAUUGUGAUAUCAAUAAAGAGCAAGUUGAAACAACUACAUGUUGUUAACACAGAAUGCAACAUUUAUAGAGUUCCCAAAUUGCUAUGUCAAAUGAAUAUGACAGCCUAUGUUCCUCAAGUCAUUUCCAUUGGCCCUCUACAUCAUGGUUCUAAGGAUUUGAAUGCUACAGAAUGUUAUAAGCUUCAAGGUCUUCGUAACUUUCUACGUCGUUUUGAUGAUAGUUAUGGGGAGAAGUUAUUGGAGAACCUUGUGGAAAUCACUCAAUUUUAUGUAGGUCGAGCCCGUAGUUGUUAUGCCGAUCCGAUAGACAUGGACGACCACGAGUUUGUAAAGAUGAUGCUUGUGGAUGGUUGUUUCAUAGUAGAACUCUUUAUACUUGUUCAUAACAUAACUACUUCAGAUGACCAUAAGUUCUCUAAAAUUGAUCAAAAUGUUGACCUUCUCUUUUAUUAUCAAGGAAUAAUUCCUGAUGUAUAUUUUGACUUGAUAAAGCUCGAAAAUCAACUUCCGUUCUUCAUUCUUCAACUUUUGUUUGAUCUAAUACCACGAGAUAACAAUCAGUCCAAAUCCCUAAUUCUAAACCGUAAAUCCCCAAUCCUAGAUAAGAAUUCCCUCUUUAUCCCCUUUCUAGAGCUUACAUUUGAGAAUCUUCGUCUUGGGUGGGUAAAAGAUUAUGUACAGCUUGGUAAAAGAUCAAUUACUUUGCAUGAGUUUUACCCCAAGCACUUGCUGGAUUUCUUAACACUAUACUACGAAAACUCAAGUUCAAAUGAUGACGAAUGUCACAACGAAACAAGUGAGAAGAAGAAGGUUCAUGCGGAAAAUAGAGAUAAUCAGAAGACUCUUUCAAUCUUCAAACAAACCUAUUUGAAGGUGAAGAAUAAUUUGUGCUCAUGUUUUAGACGAAAUAAGAAGCAUGGGGAAAAUGACCAUGAGAAAAAGAUGUAUAUUCCUCCAUCCAUAACUGAGCUCUCUGAGGCUGGAGUCACAUUCAAGAAGCCAAAAAAGCUUCCAAUUAUAACCAACAUAACCUUCAAAAAUGGGGUUUUGGAAAUCCCACCUAUAGUUAUUGACCAUUACUUCGAAACUAUUACUCGAAACUUGAUAGCGUAUGAGCAUAUGGACAAAAUUUAUAAAGAAAUGAAGGUAAUCUCAUAUAUCUUAUUUAUGGAUUAUUUGAUAAGCACAGAAAAAGACGUGAGUUUACUUGAGAAGGCAGGAAUCAUAGUCAACGAUAUUGGCGGUAGCCAUAAAGAAGUUUCAAAAUUGUUUAACAAUCUCAGUAAAUUUGUCAAUAGGUCAGAUAAUAAUAGUGAGUAUUUCAAGAAAUUCCAGGGUAUCAGCAAAGCAUUAUGUGAGCAUCGUGAUAGACGGUGGAAUAAGUUAAAAGCUUCGUUGAAACAUAACUAUUUCAAUACGCCAUGGGCUAGUAUCUCUGUCUUUGCUGCAACCUUGGUUAUUGUUCUCACUCUCCUUCAAACAAUAUUUGCUGUUAUAUCAACUUUCUAGUCAAAACCUAUCCUUCGUCUCCAUCUUUCUGUUUUGUCUUCUAUAAUUGUACUCCAUUUUUCUUGCACUUCUUUUUUGGAAAUAUGUAGUUUGAUGUAUUAAUUAGUUGGAAGAAAACGUUUGGAUAAAACAUACUAAUUUUCCUAA